AUGUCAUUUUUAUUCAAGAGAAAUCCUAAGACUCCACAAGAGAUAGUUCGUGCCGUUAAUGAACUGGUGAUUAAAUUGGAUUCAAGUGUGGGUGAUAGUCAAAAAAAGUAUCAAGAUGAAUGUUCCCGAUAUUUAAAACAAAUGAAAGUUAUAUUGAUUGGAGAUGAUGAAAAUGCUCCCCAACCUGAUCAAAUCAGUUAUUUGGCCCAAGAAAUAUAUUCCACUGAUUCAUUAUACCUUUUGAUAUACCAUUUAAAGAAAUUAGAUUUUGAUUCAAGAAAAGAUGUUCAAUUAAUAUUUCUGAAUCUUUUACGACGACAAUUAGCAAAUAAAUCUCCUACUGUUGAUUAUAUUAUUAAUUCCAAACCUGAAAUCAUCUUGAUGUUAUUAAAGGGUCCAGAAACUCAUUCAAUUGGAUUAAUAAGUGGUCAAAUCUUACGAGAUUGUUUAAAAUUUGAAAUCAUUAAUAAAUUUAUAUUAGGUAAUUCAUUAUUUUGGAAUUUUUUUAAAUAUGUUCAAAUUCCAAUAUUUGAAAUUGCAACUGAUUCAUUUAUAACUUUACAUGAUUUAUUAACAACUCAUAGAAAAUUAGUAUCAGAAUUUUUAAAUAAUAAUUAUGAUCAAUUUGUUAUAAAUAUUAAUAAAUUAAUGCAAUCAUCAAAUUAUGUUACCAAAAGACAAAGUGUUCGAUUAUUAAGUGAAAUUAUAUUACAAAAAUAUAAUCAAAAUAGUAAAUAUUUUGAUGAAGCAACUAAUUUAAAGAUUAUAAUGUUAAUUUUAAAUGAUAAACUGAAAAAUUUACAAAUUGAAGGAUUUCAAAUAUUUAAAUUUUUUAUUGCAAAACCAAAGAAAUCGCAAAAAGUAUUAGAUAUUUUGGUUAAGAAUAAAGAAAAUUUUAUUGCAUUUUUUAAAGGAUUUGAUAUUGAAAGUUAUCAAAUUCCAAAUUUAGUGGAAGAAAGGGAUUAUAUUUUAGGUAAAAUUCAACAAUUACCUGAUAUUGAAAGAAUUCAAUAA